AUGAGAUUCUCCAUUAUCUCUAUCAUCCUCCUCCUCCUCCUCCCUUUCCUAGCCUCAUGUGUACAAAAACAGGUUUACAUAGUGUACUUUGGAGACCACAGUGGAGAAAAAGCAUUGCAUGAGAUUGAAGAAACUCAUCAUUCAUAUCUGCUCUCUGUGAAAAACACUGAGGAAGAAGCCAGAGCUUCUCUCCUUUACAGCUACAAGCACAGCAUCAAUGGCUUCGCAGCAGUGCUCACACCCGAAGAAGCCACAAAGCUAUCCGAUUUGGAAGAAGUGGUAUCGGUUUCCCGGAGCGACCCAAAAAAGUAUUCUUUGCACACGACAAGGUCAUGGGAGUUCGUAGGAUUAGAAGAGGGAGAAAGAAAGCAGUCGUGGUGGAAGGGAUCAGGAGAUCACGUAUUGUCCAAGGCCAGAUAUGGACAAGAUGUCAUAGUUGGGGUCCUGGAUAGUGGAGUGUGGCCAGAAUCAAAGAGUUUCAGUGAUGAAGGGAUGGGCCCCAUACCAAAAUCAUGGAAGGGAAUCUGUCAGACUGGUGUUGCCUUUAACUCAUCCCAUUGUAAUAGGAAACUCAUUGGAGCUCGGUACUAUCUCAAGGCUUAUGAGAUAUACUCCGGCCCUCUAAACACCACCGAGGAUUACCGGUCAGCCCGCGACAAAGAUGGCCACGGGACACACACUGCCUCAACAGUUGGAGGCCGAAUGGUCCCCAAUGCCUCGGCCAUUGGAGGCUUCGCUCUUGGCACUGCCUCUGGCGGAGCACCACUCGUCCGCCUCGCCAUAUACAAAGCCUGUUGGCCAGUACCAGGCCACUCGAAAGCAGACGGGAACACAUGCUAUGAGGUAGACAUGUUAGCGGCCAUGGACGAUGCCAUUGGUGAUGGUGUCAAUGUUCUAAGCAUUUCCAUUGGGACUGAUAAACCUGUUAACUAUACGGAUGAUUACAUUGCAAUUGGAGCCCUCCAUGCCACGAAGAGAAACAUAGUAGUUUCAUGUAGUGCUGGGAACUCGGGCCCUACACCUUCAACUUUAUCAAACAUUGCUCCAUGGAUCAUCACCGUUGGUGCUAGUAGCGUGGACCGCGAGUUUGUCUCUCCUGUUGUGUUGGGAAAUGGUCUGAGAAUUGAGGGGCAAGCUGUGGCUCCAUCUAAGCUGGACAACAAGUUGUACCCAUUAGUAUACGCAGCAGAUAUUGCUAAUCCAAACAUGACCAAAGACGCUCUAGGACAAUGCCUCCCCGACUCUCUUUCACCUGAGAAGGCCAAGGGAAAGAUAGUGUUGUGCAUGAGAGGUCUUGGGACAAGAGUUGGAAAAGGCUUCGAAGUGAAGAGGGCUGGUGGUGCUGGUCUUAUCCUUGGAAACAUUCAGGCUGCCGGCGGCGAGUUACCAUGUGAUGCUCACGUGCUUCCUGCCUCUGCAGUGGCUUAUAAUGAUGCAGUUAGAAUCCUUGGAUACAUCAACUCUACAGAGAAUCCAAAGGCGAUCAUCAUACCAGGAAGGACAGUGCUGCAUACCAAGCCAGCACCAUUCAUGGCUGCCUUCACUAGUAGAGGUCCAAAUGUCAUUGACCUUAAUAUUCUCAAGCCUGACAUCACAGCUCCAGGACUGAAUAUACUGGCAGCAUGGAGCGAGGGCGAUGCUCCUACAAAGUUGGCAGAAGAUAAACGAAUUGUCAAGUACAAUAUUUUGUCUGGGACUUCAAUGGCAUGCCCUCAUGUGACUGGUGCAGCUGCACUUCUCAAAGCCAUCCACCCUACUUGGAGCAGCGCUGCAAUAAGAUCAGCCCUUAUGACCACAGCCAAGUUGACGAACAACGUAGGAUUGCCAUUGAGCGAUCACUCCGGCAAUCAUGCUACUCCCUUUGCAUAUGGCUCCGGCCACUUCAGCCCCACAAAAGCAGCAGACCCUGGCCUAGUGUACAAUGCCUCGCACUCCGAUUACCUUCACUACCUCUGCACCUUUGGGUCAAUCAGCAAAAUUUAUCCAAAAUUCAAGUGUCCCAAAUCGCCACUAGCCGCAAUGAACCUCAACUACCCGUCCCUAGCAAUCCCCAAUCUCGAUGGCGCCGUGACCGUUACAAGAACAGUCACAAACGUUGGUGGAAGUAAGAGCGUAUACUUCUUUACUGCAAGACCGCCAUUGGGAUUCUCCAUAAGGGCCUCCCCAAGUAUUUUGUUCUUUGAUCAUGUUGGCCAGAAGAAGAGCUUCACCAUCACAGUUAAUGUAAGAAGCGAGAUGCUAAGCACGCUUAACAAGGAUGAGUAUUCUUUUGGGUGGUAUACUUGGACCGACGGACUCCAUGUUGUGAGAAGUCCAAUGGCAGUAUCUUUAGCAUAGUUAUAAUUUCAUGGUGAUUUAUGUUCCUUUGUGCUUUAUACAGUUCCAAGAUUAUAGGGAUGCAGAUAGAAGAAAUAAGGCAAUUAUUCAUAUAUACUUCAAGUACUACAGUUCUCGGCCAAGUGUUAAGGCUUGGCCGUUUUAAAUUUUCUAGGAUUAAAAACAUGACA